UCUCAGUGUUUGCCCCCCUCCGUCCAGUCACCAGUCCCUUCUCGUCCUGUUCCCCGUCCAGUUCUCUCCUCUUUUUUUUCCCUCCCAUCUCUUCCUCCGUCCACUGCCAGCCAGCCAUCCCAAUCCACUUAGCAUUUUGUGGCAUUGUGCUCCAUACCUUGCCUCUCCUCUCCCGCACCCGCCCAUCUCUCUCUCUCUCUCCCUCUCCUGUUCCUGUCCCUGUCCUGUUCCUGCUUGUUCCUGCUCUGGCUCUUGCUGCUCCUGCUCCGGCUCCUGUCCACCCGACUACUGGGUUUUCUGCAUAAGACCUCCCCCCCAGUUGACAGUGGCCCCCUCCCACCGGUAGGUACCGCUAAACAGACCGACGAAUCGCAGUCAAGGCAGGUACCUGCGCUUCCUCUCUAAUAAUUCAACCACCCCCCAGGCCGACCAUCAUUUCCUUUCCACCCUGCUGUUUUACUGGUCCGCGCAAAGCAACCCCCCCUGGAGCUUGCAUUCCCCUUCCAUCUGGAACUGGACAACCACCACACCUCUCUUUCCUCCCUCUCCACCGACUCCCGCUCAAUUUCAAUUCCAACCCUCAACCCUCAUCCAACGACCGACGACCACCUCCUCCCGAUCCGACCUCCUCGCCCGCUUCCACCACCACCACCAUCACCACCCCCAUCAUCGCCGUUUCUAUCGCUGCCGCCUCUUUUCAUCAGCUGCCGCCUCUUUCGCUCCGCCACCCCAUUGAUCGAGGCCGAAACGACAGUCCACGACGAUGAACUCUCAAGGCCAGAACGAUGUGUCGCCCGAGGCGAUGCAGGCGCGCAUCCAACAGGCGCGACGCGAGGCUGAGACACUCAAGGACAGGAUCAAGCGGAAGAAGGAUGAGCUCGCCGAUACUACUCUCCGCACUGUCGCCCAGCAGGCCCACGAGCCGAUCCCAAAGAACCAGCUGAUGAAGGCUAAGCGCACGCUCAAGGGUCACUUGGCCAAGAUUUACGCCAUGCAUUGGUCUACCGAUAGAAGACAUCUUGUCUCCGCCUCGCAGGAUGGAAAGCUCAUCAUUUGGGAUGCCUACACGACGAACAAGGUCCACGCCAUUCCCCUCAGAUCAUCCUGGGUCAUGACCUGUGCCUACGCCCCCAGCGGCAACUACGUCGCUUGCGGUGGUCUCGACAAUAUUUGCUCCAUUUACAACCUCAACCAGCAGAGAGAGGGUCCCACCCGCGUCGCGAGGGAGUUGUCUGGCCAUGCCGGUUAUCUUUCAUGCUGUCGCUUCAUCAACGACCGCAGCAUCCUGACCUCUUCUGGUGACAUGACAUGUAUGAAGUGGGAUAUCGAGACGGGCCAAAAGGUUAUCGAGUUCGCCGACCACUUGGGCGAUGUGAUGAGCAUCAGUCUCAACCCCACCAACUCCAACACAUUCAUCUCAGGUGCCUGCGACGCUUUCGCCAAGCUGUGGGAUAUCCGUGCCGGAAAGGCCGUCCAGACGUUUGCCGGCCACGAGUCCGACAUCAACGCCAUCCAAUUCUUCCCCGACGGCCACUCCUUCGUCACCGGCUCCGAUGACGCUACCUGCCGCCUCUUUGAUAUUCGUGCUGACCGCGAAUUGAACCUUUACGGCUCGGAAUCUAUUCUCUGCGGCAUCACCUCCGUGGCGACCUCAGUCUCUGGACGCUUAUUGUUUGCUGGCUAUGACGACUUUGAAUGCAAGGUCUGGGAUGUGACUCGCGGAGAAAAGGUCGGCUCUCUCGUCGGCCACGAGAACAGAGUUAGCUGCUUGGGCGUUAGCAACGACGGCAUCAGCUUGUGCACAGGAUCAUGGGAUUCACUUCUCAAAAUCUGGGCAUACUAAACCACCACCCCGACCCCGAUAACGACGAAGUCCUGUCUGGAUAUACUGGUUCCAGUACGCGCGAAACCAUUUUAAUCUUCUGUCGAGUGGUUAUUUGGCCAACUUAAUUUUCGAAACCCUGGUGCUGCCCUUUUCUAAUCCGCGAGUACUGGCACACACAGGACGAAGUCACGACAUACCUGCUCAUACCAAAGCUCACUUUUCUCAUCGUCUACCACUCCAGCUGGAGCCGCCCUUCCGCAGGCAUGGGCGGCUGUAGGAACUAAACAGGGCCCCCUUUUCUCUAUUGUCACGCCAGCCACCACCAAUCAUCGUCAUCGUCAAAACGAUUCUUUUGCACCAUAGUUCUCUUUUUUUUUGGGCCUCAUUCUAGCACCUGGUUGUUAGAUUAGGCGGUUUGUAACACACGGGUGGGUUUUCCACAUGUGGCCUUUCCCGAGUCAUGUCUGCUUCACAUCUCCUGCAACGUCUGCCACCGGAUCCGGAUACGACAGGACCGCCAAGGAGGGAACGGAAUCGAGGCAUUUUGAUACCCCAACGAAAUCCAACCCUACAAACGCAUAGACAAGCAAAGCGCGCGACUCCGACAUCGACCAAACUCUCGCGCCUCGGGAGGGGAAAGUGCUGCAAUUCGCAACAAGGAGUUUUCUAUACCAUCGAAAAGAGUUUUUCUGUCGUCGUCCGAUAAUCCCCUUGUCGCUUAGUUGUCCGUCGAGAAAAAACACGCGCCGCAUCGUUCGAUCCCGCAUUUCCUUAUUUCCUCGAUUCCACCCGUGGGCGUCGGUUCGGUAGACGAAAGCACCGCAUGUCGCCCCGCCAUGUCGUCCGAGGCGACGCGAAGCCGAAGUAUAGUAGAGACAAAAACGAAUUGCCUCGUAGUAAGGCGGGAAGAAACAGGGCUAGUCGACCGGGAGGUCGGUUUGUUUUAGGCGGCGAGUUGUCAUUUCCGUAUACAAAGGGGG